AUGAACAACAACAAGACUUUCAGUACUACUACCACCAUCAAUGAAGACUACAUGUCAUUCCCUUAUAAUGACAAUUAUUGCUCACAACCAUUACUCCAUUUUAGCCCUUCCUCUUCCAUUAACGACCUCUUAAUUCACUCCAACUCCAACACAUCCAACAAUCAUCUUGACCAUCAUCAUCAAUUCCUUCAAGCUGCUUCUCCCUUUUCCCAAUUCGAAUUCGUCCAGGACUUUGCCCUUCUCCCCUCUUUCCUCCCACAAAACAUAGGUCACAAUGAUCACCAACCCAUCAGCAGCACCAAUAACCAUCAUCAUCCAUCACUUCUUCCCUUGAACAACACCACUGGUGAAUCCAAACUCAUUGAGCCCUCGGAGACCAUAACCACACACAACGAAGACUCCCAGAUAAUCUCAACUUCUCAGGACCCAAAAAUGAAAAAAGCCAAGAAACCAAGCAGAACGGACCGGCACAGCAAGAUCAAAACGGCUAAAGGGACGAGAGAUCGUAGAAUGAGACUCUCUCUAGAUGUCGCCAAAGCAUUGUUCGGCUUACAAGACAUGCUUGGAUUCGACAAAGCCAGCAAAACCGUUGAAUGGUUGCUCACACAAGCCAAACCAGAGAUCAUUAAGAUCGCCAACCAGUUUAACCACCGCGGCUUCAGCAGCGGGGAGGACUCCCAAACCGGCCCGGCGUUAGGGUCAACGGAGACAUCAUCUGAUCUGUGCGAACUUUCAUCUAUGUGGACAGUCGAUGAUAGAGGCAGCAAUACUAGCAUGAACGAAAAUAAGGUGGAUAGGAGAACAAUGAGAGGGAAGAGAAACAUGUCGCAGCGAACGCCCAUGUUGAAAGAGAUAUCUAAAGAUGACAGAGCCAAAGCAAGAGAGAGAGCAAAGGAUAGAACAAUGGAGAAGAUGAUGAAGAAAAGAGCACAAGUAAAUGCUGUAGAAGAAGUAGAAGCUCAUAAUCACCAUGAUGAGGUAGUAAAGAAUAAUAAUAAUAAUACUGAUGUGAAUUGGACUACUUCUUUUGAGGCGACGCCCUGCGGAGAAAAUAUGGAAGAGCUUUGCAAGAACAAUCGUUUCGCAAUUUACAACGAUUUUGUGGUGAAUAAAAAAGAUAAUAUUUCGGACGAAUCAUAUAAUAUGAUCAGCAAAUUGGAUCCAUCAUUUCCAAUGCUUACUCACCAUUGCAUCCAAGGUGCAUCUACUUCCAUAGAGCAGCAGUAUCAGGUUAGGGAUGUUCAUCACUUCUUGGGGAGACAAAGGGACUUCAUGUCCAACUAUCAUAAUAUGUAAUGAUAUAGCUUACCGUUAAUUUCUCAAAUUAAUAAUAAUGUGUAUAUGUGAAUCUUAUGAAGCUUUUUGUUCUUCACUUUCUUGUCACAUAUUAAAUCAAUGUAAAACAAUCAAUGCCUUUUA